AAAAUGGAUACAAAUAAUAAUAAUAAUAAUAAUAAUAAUAAUAAUAAUAAUAAUAAUAAUAAUAAUAAUAAUAAUAAUAAUAAAAAUAAAAAUAGAAAUAAAAAUAAAAAUAAAGGGUUUUUAGAUAUGAAUUCUUUAAAAAAAGAAUUAGGGAAAAUGGAGGAAAAUGAAGUACCUGCUGAAGAAUGCUUUGAUCCAAAUGCCGAAAACCAACCUGUACCUAAAGAUGAUUACUAUAUUCAUAUUGAUAUCAAAAAACAUAGAAAUUCUGGGGGUUGACGUUCCAUAUCGGAUUAAUACUUUCAUGGGUAAAAAAUGAUUGUUUUAAUCCUAAAAAACAUAUUACCUUUCUUUCAGAUACAGUGGACAUAUCUACUAUGUCUGAUGCUGAAAAAAGAGAGAGACUACGUAUUAGCAACAAAUACUAUGAGUUAUGGAAGGUUAGAAACUCUUUUUCAAUUAUAGAUUUACAUAAUUUUAUUAUAAAUUUAGAAACUAAUUUUGCAGUUAAGGUAAAAAUUGUAACAAUCAUAGAAAAUGAACAUAACAUUACCAAGCAUUUUACAAGAGGUCCACAUUAAAAAUAAUUUUUUAAAAAAAAAAAAUUAAAUACAUUAUUAAAAAUAUUUUUAAUAAAUUUAUAAUAAAAAUAAAAUUUUUUUUUUCCUUUAUUUUUU